AACGAUUUCGAUUUCGGCGGCCUACAAUCGUCUAUUUGAUGACUCUGAUUGAACACAAACUAAUAAACACCACAAAAAAUCAAGCCUUACCUCCACUGUUGCAGCUGUUGGUCUGUUUGCGUUUUCUGGCUACGGGUGCUUUUCAUAAAUUGAUCGGGGACAGUGUAAAUGUUUCUGAGUGCACAGUCGGUAGAUGUUGCCGUUCUGUGACCCAGGCCAUCAACGACAUUCGGCAAGACUUCAUCAUGUUUCCGAGGGACCAAACAGCCAGACAAACAAAACAGGAAUUUUUGAAGAUCGCAGGGUUCCCAAAUGUCUUGGGGUGUGUAGAUGGGACGUUUGUGAAGAAACAAGGCCCUUCAGAAAACGAACCAGACUUUGUGAAUCGGAAGGGAUUUCAUUCUUUGAAUGUGCAGAUGGUGUGUGAUGCAAAAUUUCGUAUUACCAGCAUUUGUGCCAAUUGGCCGGGCAGUGUGCAUGACAGUAGGAUCUGGAGAGAAUCAGCACUAUGCAGACAAUUUGAAAGGGGUGAGCACAAAGGCCUCCUUCUAGGAGACUCAGGGUAUCCAUGUCGCAGGUUUCUGAUGACUCCAUAUCUCAGCCCAACUACAGAGGCCCAGCAGAGGUUCAAUGCAUCCCUAUGUAGAACACGGGUGCUAGUCGAGCAGAGUUUCGGCAUCCUUAAAAGGCGUUUUUCCUGUCUUCAGGGAACACUUAGAACAUGCCCAGACCAAGCAGCGGCCUACAUUGUUGCGUGCGUGGUUUUGCACAAUAUCGGGAUAGAGCGUGGGGAUAUUGCGAUGGACAGACAGGACGUGAUUCACUACAAUCCCACGGACCACCACGUUGCGUGGAGUCAGGGUUCGAAUUUUGGUCUGAUUCGUCGAUUUUCCUCCUCGCAGGUUACAUUUGGUGCCAUGACUAUGCCAUGGAAGUGA